AUGUCGUGGAGGUAUGAUCCAAGACAAGGAGGGGAUCCCCCCGGACCAGCAAAGGCUCAUCUCCGCAGGCAAGCACCUCGAGGACGGCAGUACGCUUGCGGACUAAACAUCCAGAAGGAGUCGACUCUCCACCUCGUCCUCCGUCUCCGCGGUGGCAUGCAGAUCUUCGUGAAGACCCUCACGGGGAAGACCAUUACUCUGGAGGUUGAGAGCUGGGACACUAUAGACAACGUGAAAGCAAAGAUUCAAGACGAGGGGAUCCAGCAAAGGCUAAUCUUCGCCGGGAAACAGCUAGGAGUCGACUCUCCCACCUUAAGCAUCACACUAAGGAAACUG